UAAAGUCACUUUGCACUGUGAAAUAUCAGAUUAAUGAUUAAUAGAUGAUAACAAGGAUCUUUCCAAGUCGGAUCUGUAAGCAUGCUAAUGAGCCAAAAUUUUAACAGUAACAUACAGAAAACAAAAGCCAUGAGAGCCAAUCAAAACAUUCCUCUUCUCCUCCUCCUCCACCUUCAUGUUCUCUUGCUUGCCUUGCUUUCAUUAAAGACAACAUCCUCGCCAAGAACUCAAGCUGAAGCUCUCAUCAAAUGGAAGAACAGCUUGUCUUCUUCUCCACCUUCUCUAAAUUCAUGGUCCCUCUCCAACCUCAACAACCUCUGCAACUGGUCUGCCAUUGUUUGCAAAAACACUACAGGAACAGCCUUCCAAUUAGACCUUUCAAAUAUAAAUGUAACUGGAACACUGAACCAUUUCAACUUCAGUCAGUUUCUUGAGCUGAGCGUCUUCAAACUUAACAACAACACUCUCAAAGGGACAAUACCGUCAGCCAUUGGAAGCCUCUCCAAGCUCACUUUGUUGGACUUGGGCAACAACUUUUUGGAAGGGGAAAUACCUGUUGAGAUAGGCAGGUUGACAGAGCUUCGGUAUCUUAGUGUUCACAACAACAAUCUCAAUGGCACCAUCCCCCAUCAACUCAGCAAUCUCCAAAAGGUAUGGUACUUGGACCUUGGAUCAAACUAUUUAGAAUCCCCUGACUGGUCCAAAUUUUCAGCCAUGCCAUCGUUGACCUACCUUGACCUUUAUCUCAAUAACCUUAAUUCAGAAUUCCCACAUUUCAUAUCUGACUCUAGGAACUUGACGUUCCUUGAUUUGUCCCAUAACAUUAAUUUGACAGGGCAGAUACCAGAAUGGGUAUUUAGCAACCUGGGAAAGCUUGAAUAUCUCAAUCUCACAAAUUGCCAAUUCAGGGAUGUGUUGUCAUCAAACAUUUCCAAGCUUUCCAAUCUCUUACACCUUAUUCUAUCAGUUAAUCACUUUAAUGGUACAAUUCCUGUAGAUAUUGGUUAUAUACCCCAUCUUCAACGAAUUGAUUUGUUUAACAAUUUCUUUGAAGGUCAAAUUCCUUCCACCAUAGGCCAACUCAAGGAGCUCUCCCACCUGGACCUACGCCAAAACUUUUUAAACUCUACAGUCCCUCGUGAGCUUGGUUCUUGUACUAAUCUCACCUACUUGGCCCUGUCUAUGAAUGAACUUAGUGGGCAGCUACCUUCAUCACUGUCCAAUCUAAAAAAUCUCAUUGCUUUGGGUUUAUCUGAUAAUUUUUUUUCUGGUCCUGUAUCCCCUGUUCUGCUUUCCAAUUGGACUGAAUUGUCGUCAUUGCAACUUUACAACAAUAGCUUCAGUGGCAAAGUUCCACGGGAAAUUGGCCAGUUGAAAAAGCUCAAUUUCCUUUAUCUCUACUACAAUAAUUUCAAUGGUCCCAUUCCCCAAGAGAUAGGAAAAUUGAAUGCUUUAGUAGAAUUAGACUUGUCAGGAAACCAGCUCUCGGGUCCGAUACCUGUUACUCUGUGGAAUCUUACAAAACUUGAAUAUGUCCAGCUUUUCUACAACUACCUGAUUGGGAGAAUCCCUCCGGAGAUGGGAAAUAUGACAUCGCUGGUUAUCUUCGACGUCAACAACAACCUAUUGUCGGGUGAAUUACCAGAUACAAUUUCUAGACUCAGUAAUUUGGUGGGAUUCUCUGUGUUCAACAAUAAUUUCUCAGGAAACAUUCCGAGAGAUUUCGGGAAGAACAGUCCUCAGUUGGUCACAGUUAGCUUUUCAAACAACAGUUUUUCGGGAGAAUUGCCUCCAGAAUUGUGUAGUGGGUUUGCUCUUGAAGUUCUGACGGUGAAUAAUAACAAUUUUACAGGGCCACUGCCAGAGUGCUUGAGAAAUUGUUCAGGAUUAAGAAGGGCACGUUUUGAUAACAAUUAUUUCACCGGAAAUAUUACAAAUGCGUUUGGUGUUUAUCCGCAGCUCGAAUUCGUCGCUCUCAGUGACAAUCAGUUCGUCGGUACAAUCUCACCGGAGUGGGGCGAAUGUAAAAAUCUCACAAACAUGCAGAUGGGUCGGAAUAAACUUUCCGGUCAGAUUCCACCUGAGUUUGGAAACCUAAGUCAGUUAUACCGUCUGAUGCUGGAGUUCAACGACUUGACUGGGGAAAUUCCAUCUGAACUGCAAAGUCUAGGCAAGCUGGGCAUCCUCAAUCUCAGCAACAACCACUUGUCGGGAGAAAUCCCUGAGACUAUGGGCAAUCUGGCUUCUAUAAAAUAUCUUGAUUUAUCGGCAAAUAAUUUUUCCGGGAAAAUACCAUACGUGCUUGAUAAUUGUGUGGCAUUGUUAACCUUGGACCUAAGCCACAACAAUCUGUCGGGCAAAAUCCCCUCGAACUUGUUCAAUCUCUAUGAUCUGCAAACUCUCAAUGUCUCCUAUAAUCAUCUCUCUGGUCCGAUCCCAUCGUCACUUUCUGAAAUGGUUAACCUGGUUGAUGUUGAUUUUUCUUACAAUAACUUGACGGGUUCGAUCCCAAAUGUUGGGAUUUCAAAAUACAAUCCUGCAAAGGGCGUUUUUGCUGGAAACUCCGGUUUGUGUGGAAGCCACUUUUAUGGCGUUAAUCCAUGCACAGUUUCCAGCUCCAACAAAGAAUCCACGGGCAGCAAAUCCAGUAAUAUUCUGACCGUAAUCCUCAUUGCCGUCAUUAUACCAGUAGCGAUUGCCAGUAUUGCCAUAGCUAUAAUUUUCCUCAUGUGUCGAAAACCCAGACUCCUGGAUUAUAAAAGAACCAAAACUCUAACUGCAGAAUUCGAGAAGUUGGAGUCGAUAUUGAUAUGGGAAACAGAAGGAAAAUUCACAUUUCGGGAAAUCGUGAAGGCCAUCGAGGACUUCCAUGACAAGUACUGCAUCGGGAAAGGAGGAUUCGGCAUCGUUUACAAAGCGGAUUUGCCUUCAGGUCUGGUUGUUGCGGUUAAGCGGCUGAAUACAGUGGACUCCAGUGACAUUCCGGAAAUAAACUUGGUGAGUUUCCAGAAUGAGAUACGGAGUCUGACAAAUAUCCGGCACCGGAAUAUCAUAAAGCUUCAUGGAUUCUGCUCCUGGAGGGAUUGUUUGUACUUGGUUUACGAGUACAUUGAGAAAGGGAGCUUGAAAGAUGCAUUGUAUCGGAGGUGGGAUAAUGAUGAAGAGCAUAUGGGAUGGGAUAAAAGGGUGAGAAUUGUGCAAGGACUAGCUAAUGCGCUUUCCUACUUGCACCACGAUUGUUCUCCUCCAAUCAUCCACCGGGAUGUGACUUUGAGCAACAUAUUGCUGGAUUUGGAGUUCGAGCCCAGGCUUUCAGAUUUUGGCACUGCCAGAUUGUUGAGCCCUGAUUCCUCCAACUGGACCACUCUUGCUGGCUCCUACGGCUACAUGGCACCCGAACUUGGGCUUACAAUGCGGGUGACAGAGAAAUGUGAUGUUUAUAGCUUUGGAGUAGUAGCUUUAGAAAUGAUGAUGGGAAAACAUCCAGGGGAGUUUCUUGUUUCAUUAUUAUCAUCAUCGUCAUCUUCAUCAUCAACAACAUUGCUGUUGAAGGAUGUUUUAGACCCCCGGCUUCGGCCUCCUAGACGUCAAGUUGCAGUGGCGGUGGUGCUAGUGGUGACCUUAGCCUUAGCCUGCACGAGAUCCUCUCCACGAUCACGACCUGCCAUGAACUUUGUGUCACAACAAUUAUCUGCUCUUAAUAGCAGGACACGGACUUAUUUGUCUGAGCCCUUGGACAUUUUAACAAUCAACAAGCUUUUAAACCUCUCCUAAUUGAUUGGAGUAGCAAAACAAAUGGAAAUUGCCCUGUAUCAAUUUUGUUUACUUUAUUGAUGAUGGUUAUUAGAAAACGGUUGAUAUAUUGUCUUUGCCUUAAGAAAUGUAAUGUUGAAGUUGAAGUCUAGAAAAUGUGCUUGACACAGAAAUAAGUGAAAAAUAUAGCAUACCAGAGAUGGGUAAAAAGAAGGAAAUUUAGAGUUUUUGGUAUUUGAACAAGGAAUGAGUAGUAUAUGUUAGUUUUAGGUCUAUUGAACUUGUAUAACAAGAAGUUGUAUUUAGAGUUGGUUGAUAUAGUGGAUCAAUCAUCGAUCUGUAGUAGAGCUAGUCAGGUUAGUGGCUUAGGGACCAGUACAAGUGAUGAAGAAUGAUAUACUAAAAUCUGAUGCAAUAAUCACGAUACUAUUAUAAUGGAGUACUAAAAUUAUGGAGUGACAUAUUUGAGCAAAAGUGUUGAAAUCACUGUCCUCGAGAAUUCUUGAAAUUGUACCUAGUCGGUUGAACAAAUAAUGUACAGUGAUAAAUAAAUGGAGUUUGAAUGUGUGGGUGAGUGUAAGAGGUCAAUUAGAGAGACUGGAGUAGUACUUCUCUGUGUGUGACAGAGCAUUUGAUAUUGAUCAUUUCAUCUCCACAAUCAUGCCCCUGAUGCACUUUGUUGCACUACAAUUAUCUGCUAAGAGCAGGACCAGAACUUGUAUGUGUAAGCCCAUAGACAUUAUUAUGCGAGUCUGGUCUAGACAUGUAAAAGUUGCAUUCUUUGAUAUGGCAUAAUUUGAAAACACAGGGGGGAAUUGUUAAAUCCAUUAAAGAAGCAUCUAAUUGCACAACUCUCAAAUUCUUUCUUGAA